AUGGGCGGCCUGGCCCAGCCGUCGACGCCGUCUCAUCCUUAUUUAGGAUCGCAGAUACCGCCCGGUGCUGACAACUACUUUCCCUUUCAUCAAGUCGUUCCAGAUCUCUGGCCCAACCAGUCACACGAACAAGUCCAACAGCUCCAUCAGCAACAAAAUCAUCAUCAACUGGGUCACCACCACCACCACCACCACCAACAGGAGGCAGUCUUUGAUCAAGAUUCAGCUGCACCCCUUGUUAUACCAGAUCCUGCUGCCACCCAGCAAACCGUUUUCAGCUCGCUGCCGCCACAGCACCAGCAGUACCUGCUGCUGCAUCAUCAACAGCGUGCCGCUCCCAUCCUCGGCAGCAGACGACGCCAAGGUCCCGUUCCUGUGCUGAGCCACCCACCACCACCAACCUCUGCGACAGAGCGCCGGUCUCGGUCAAAUAUCGUGCGGAUCAACUACACGGACCUUGUACCACACCAGCAAGACAUCCUGUCUGGAUCGCACAUUAUGGACCAGUUCUUUCAAAUCUACGCUCGUGUUCGCGUGCUCUCCGCCAACCUGGAGCGUCUCGAGCAGGGCAAGGACCACAGCGAUGGGCCCGACGGCAAGCCCAACGAGUUUACCAUCGCGGAGCUCUACAAGCACACGCACGAGGUCAUUGAUGUCCUUGAGCGCGUCGUUGCGCUCAGGGGCGCACCCAACACCACUGCCACAGACUGCCCCCUCGACGCUACGGAUGCCGGCAACAGCAUGUUUACGCUGUCGCUGUACGCGCGGAUCCUGGAUCUUUUGCAGCGCGUCUUCGCCCUCGUCCGCGGCCUCCUGGCCCAGGCCGAUCCCAAAAAGGACGACACUUUUCCGUCUUGGCUCCUCCCCGAGAUGAACAUUGGCGCUGCGUCCAUCGGCGCGCAUCCUGCCUUUCACAUGUCCCUGACGGUGCAGCUGGCGAUGCAGUUCCUGUCGCGGUUUCGCGAGGCCACCGUCUACCUUGGCCUGAUCAACGCAGCAGCCACAAACGGGAAUGUGAUGUCUGGCUCUUCGGCACCGCCGGACCGUCGCGGCUCCUCUGAUGGCGUCAGCGCAGCCAGCCUUUCGUUUGGCGACAUCAAGAACAGGGAGGGCAAUCUCAGCAAGCUCCUUGGGCAGCUGCAGGAUGAGCUCAACAAUUUCAUGGACACUAUGGAUGCGAUUGAUGCCAAGGAGGAAGAGGACAAGAAAUAG